AUGAUUUCCUGGGAAAUUGUCCAUACAGUGUUCCUGUUUGCUCUUCUUUAUUCCUCUUUAGCUCAAGAUGCAAGUCCCCAGUCAGAGAACAGGGCUGAGGAAAUUCCCGAGGGAGCCUCCACUUUGGCUUUCGUGUUUGAUGUGACUGGUUCUAUGUAUGAUGAUUUAGUUCAGGUUAUCGAAGGGGCUUCUAAAAUUUUGGAGACGUCUUUGAAAAGACCUAAGAGACCUCUUUUCAACUUUGCUUUGGUGCCUUUCCAUGAUCCAGAAAUUGGCCCGGUUACAAUUACCACAGAUCCUAAGAAAUUUCAGUAUGAACUCAGAGAGUUAUAUGUUCAGGGUGGUGGUGAUUGUCCAGAAAUGAGUAUCGGAGCUAUAAAAAUUGCCUUGGAAAUUUCUCUUCCUGGCUCUUUCAUCUAUGUUUUCACGGAUGCACGGUCCAAAGAUUACCGGCUCACCCAUGAGGUUCUUCAGCUUAUCCAGCAGAAACAGUCACAAGUGGUGUUUGUGCUGACUGGAGAUUGUGAUGACAGGGACCACAUUGGAUAUAAAGUCUAUGAAGAAAUUGCCUCUACAAGUUCUGGUCAAGUGUUUCAUCUGGACAAAAAACAAGUUAAUGAGGUGUUAAAAUGGGUAGAAGAAGCAGUGCAGGCAUCCAAAGUUCAUCUCUUAUCCACAGAUCAUUUGGAAAAGGCUGUGAACACUUGGCAAAUUCCUUUUGAUCCCAGCCUGAAAGAGGUUACUGUGUCACUGAGUGGCCCUUCUCCAAUGAUUGAAAUUCGCAAUCCUUUAGGGAAGCUGAUAAAAAAGGGAUUUGGCCUGAAUGAGCUAUUAAAUAUCUAUAACUCUGCCAAGGUGGUGAAUGUCAAAGAGCCAGAAGCUGGAAUGUGGACAGUGAAGACCUCAAGCAGUGGAAGACACUCUGUUCGCAUCACCGGCCUCAGUACUAUUGAUUUUCGAGCUGGCUUUUCCCAAAAGCCCACUCUGGACUUCAAAAAAACAGUCAGCAGACCAGUGCAAGGAAUACCUACCUAUGUGCUGCUGAAUACUUCUGGAAUUUCCAUUCCAGCUAGAGUAGAUCGUCUUGAACUUCUAAGUAUCUCAGGCAGUCCUCUUAAGACUAUGCCUGUUAAAUAUUACCCAGAUCAAAAACCAUAUGGCAUAUGGAAUAUUUCUGAGUUCAUUCCACCAAAUGAAGCUUUCUUUCUUAAAGUCACUGGCUAUGAUAAGGAUGAUUAUCUCUUCCAGAGAGUGUCAAGUGUUUCCUUCUCUAGUAUUGUUCCAGAUGCUCCCAAAGUUACAAUGCCCGAGAAAACCCCAGGAUACUACCUACGACCAGGCCAAAUUCCCUGCUCUGUUGAGAGUCUUUUGCCUUUUACUUUAAGCUUUGUCAGAAAUGGAGUUGUACUUGGAGUAGACCAGUAUUUGAAAGAAUCCACCAAUGUGAACUGGGAUAUAGAAAAAGUCACUUUGUCUGAUGAAGGCUCCUAUGAGUGCAUUGCCGUCAGCAGUGCAGGGACUGGAAGGGCACAGACUUUUUUUGAUGUAUCAGAGCCCCCGCCUGUCAUCCAAGUGCCUAAGAAUAUUACAAUCACACCUGGAGAAAGAGCAGUUUUGACCUGUCUCAUCAUCAGUGCAGUGGAUUACAAUCUAACCUGGCGGAGGAAUGACAGAGAUAUCAAACUUGUAGACCCAGUGAGAAUUAGGGUGUUGGCUAACCUCUCGUUGGAGCUCAAGAAUGUCAAGUUCAGUGAUGCUGGAGAAUACCAUUGUAUGGCUUCCAAUGAAGGAGGAUCAUCGUCUGCUUCCGUGUUUCUCACAGUACAAGAACCACCCAAAGUCACUGUGAUGCCCAAGAAUCAGUCUUUCACAGGAGGGUCUGAGGUCUCCAUCAUGUGUUCCACAACAGGUUAUCCCAAACCAAAAAUCGCCUGGACCAUGAAUAAUAUGUUUAUCGUGGGUUCACACAGGUAUAGGAUGACCUCAGAUGGUACUUUACUUAUCAAAAAUGCAGUUCCUAAAGAUGCAGGAAUAUAUGGCUGCUUGGCAAGUAAUUCAGCUGGAACAGAUAAACAGUCAUCUAUACUUAGAUAUAUUGAAGCCCCCAAAUUAAUGGUUGUUCAGAGUGAGCUCUUGGUUUCCCUAGGGGACACAACAGUCAUGGAAUGUAAAACCUCUGGUGUUCCCCCACCUCAAGUUAAAUGGUUCAAAGGGGAUCUUGAGUUGAGGCCCUCAACAUUCCUUAUUAUUGACCCUCUUUUGGGACUUUUGAAGAUCCAAGAAACACAAGAUCUGGAUGCUGGCGAUUAUACAUGUGUAGCCAUCAAUGAAGCUGGAAGAGCAACUGGCAAGAUAACUCUGGAUGUUGGCUCACCUCCAGUUUUCAUACAAGAACCUGUCGAUAUAUCUAUGGACAUUGGCUCAAAUGUGACAUUACCUUGCUAUGUUCAGGGUUAUCCAGAACCAAGGAUCAAGUGGCAAAGAUUGGAUAACAUGCCACUUUUCUCAAGACCCUUUUCAGUUAGCUCCAUCAGCCAACUAAGAACAGGAGCCCUCUUUAUUUCAAAUUUAUGGGCAAGUGAUAAAGGAACCUAUGUUUGUGAAGCAGAAAAUCAGUUUGGAAAGAUCCAAUCCCAGGCAAUAAUAACAGUGACAGGACUUGUUGCUCCUCUUAUUGGGAUCAGCCCUUCUGUGGCCAAUGUAAUUGAAGGACAGCAACUUACUUUGCCCUGUACCUUAUUGGCUGGAAAUCCCAUUCCAGAAAGGCGAUGGAUUAAGAACUCAGCCAUGUUGGUCCAAAAUCCUUACAUCACCGUGCGCAGUGAUGGGAGCCUCCAUAUUGAAAGAGUUCGUCUUCAGGAUGGAGGCGAAUAUACCUGUGUGGCCAGUAACGUUGCUGGAAUCAAUAAUAAAACCACCACCGUGGAGGUGCAUGUUCUGCCAACCAUUCAGCAUGGGCAGCAGAUACUCAGUACAAUUGAAGGUGUUCCAGUAACUUUACCAUGUAAAGCAAGUGGAAUUCCCAAACCAUCUAUAACCUGGUCCAAGAAAGGAGAGCUGAUUUCCACCGGCAGUGCUAAGUUUUCUGCCGGGGCUGAUGGAAGUCUGUAUGUGGUGUCACCAGGAGGUGAGGAAAGUGGGGAGUACGUCUGCACCGCCACCAAUGCGGCAGGCUAUGCCAAGAGGAAAGUGCAACUGACUGUCUAUGUAAGGCCCAGAGUGUUUGGAGACCAGCGAGGGCUGUCACAGGAUAAGCCUGUUGAGAUCUCAGUCAUUGCCGGGGAAGAGGUGACACUCCCAUGUGAAGUGAAGAGCUUACCUCCACCCGUAAUUACAUGGGCCAGAGAGACCCAGCUCAUCUCUCCCUUCUCUCCAAGACACACAUUCCUCUCUUCUGGUUCAAUGAAGAUCACUGAGACCCGCAUUUCAGAUAGUGGAAUGUAUCUUUGUGUUGCAACAAAUAUUGCUGGGAAUGUGACUCAGUCUGUUAAAUUAACUGUCUAUGUUCCUCCAAAGGUUCAGCGUGGCCCUAAACUUAUGAAGGUACAAGCUGGUCAAAAAGUGGAUAUUCCAUGUAAUGCUCAAGGAACCCCUUAUCCAGUGAUCACCUGGUUUAAAGGCGGAAGUGCCUUACUGGUUGAUGGAGUGCGGCAUAUUAACCAUCCAGAUGGAGCAUUAAGCAUUGACCAAGCCACCCUUUCAGAUACUGGCAUAUAUACAUGUGUUGCUACUAACAUAGCAGGCAGUGAUGAAAUGGAGAUCACGCUACAUGUCCAAGAACCACCUACACUGGAAGAUCUUGAACCUCCAUAUAACUCUCCAUUCCAAGAAAGAAUGGCUAAUCAACGUAUUGCAUUUCCAUGCCCUGCAAGAGGUACCCCAAAACCAACCAUCAAAUGGCUGUAUAAUGGCAGAGAGUUGACAGGCAGUGAGCCGGGUAUUUCUAUCUUGGAAGAUGGUACAUUAUUGGUCAUCGCUUCAGUUACACCAUAUGACAAUGGCGAGUACAUCUGUGUGGCAGUCAAUGAAGCUGGAACCACAGAAAGAAAAUACAGCCUCAAAGUCCAUGUACCUCCAGUAAUAAAAGAUAAGGAACAAGUAACAAAUGUGUCAGUGUUGCUAAAUCAGGCGACCAAUCUCUUUUGUGAAGUUGAAGGUACUCCAUCUCCUAUAAUUAUGUGGUAUAAAGAUGACGUCCAGGUGACUGAAAGUAGCACUAUUCAGAUUGUGAACAGUGGGAAGAUACUAAAACUCUUUAAAGCCACUCCAGAAGAUGCAGGAAGAUAUUCCUGUAAAGCAAUUAAUAUUGCAGGUACUUCUCAGAAGUACUUUAACAUUGAUGUGAUAGUUCCACCCACUAUACUAGGUGCCAACUCUCCAAAUGAAGUCUCAGUUGUCCUCAACCAUGACACUACCCUUGAAUGUCAGGUCAAAGGCACUCCCUUCCCUGUUAUUCACUGGUUCAAAGAUGGCAAGCCUUUGUUUUUGGGAGACCCUAAUAUUGAACUUCUAGACAGAGCACAAGUUUUACGCCUAAAGAAUGCACGAAGAAAUGACAAGGGGCGCUACCAAUGUGCAGUGUCUAAUGCAGCUGGCAAACAAGCGAAGGAUAUAAAACUGACUGUCCAUAUUCCACCCAGUAUUAAAGGAGGAAAUGUCACAACAGAAAUAUCAGCGUUGAUAAACAGUGUAAUUAAACUGGAAUGUGAAACACGGGGACUUCCAGUGCCUGCUAUUACUUGGUAUAAGGAUGGCCAGCCAGUCAUAUCCAGCUCACAAGCACUUUAUAUUGAUAAAGGGCAAUUUCUUCAGAUCCCUCGAGCCCAGGUCUCUGAUUCGGCAACAUACACAUGUCAUGUAACCAAUGUUGCUGGAACUGCAGAAAAAUCCUUCCACGUGGAUAUCUAUGUUCCUCCAAUGAUUGAAGGUGACUUGACUACCCCUUUGAGUAAGCAAGUGAUUGUUGCUCAUUCCUUGACACUGGAGUGUAAAGCUGUUGGCAAUCCUCCUCCUGUUCUCACCUGGUUAAAAGAUGGUGUACCUGUGAAAGCCAGUGACAACAUCCGCAUAGAAGCUGGUGGGAAGAAACUUGAAAUCGUGAAUGCCCUAGAAGUUGACCAGGGACAGUACAUAUGUGUGGCUACCAGUGUGGCAGGAGAAAAGGAAAUCAAAUAUGAAGUUGAUGUAUUAGUGCCACCAGCAAUAGAAGGAGGAGAUGAAACAUCUUACUUCAUUGUGAUGAUUAAUAACUUACUGGAACUAGAUUGUCAUGUGACAGGCUCACCCCCACCAACUAUCAUGUGGCUGAAGGAUGGUCAGCCAGUUGAUGAAAGGACUGGAUUCAAGAUCUUACUAAAUGGACACAAAUUGGUUAUUUCCCAGGCUCAAGUGUCUGACACAGGUCUUUAUCGGUGUGUGGCAACAAACACUGCUGGAGUUCACAAGAAGGAAUUUGAAGUGACUGUUCAUGUUCCUCCAACAAUCAAGUCCUCAGGUCUUCCUGAGAGGGCUGUGGUAAAAUACAAGCCUAUCACCCUGCAGUGCAUAGCCAAUGGCAUUCCAAAUCCAUCCAUUACAUGGCUAAAAGAUGGCCAACCUGUGAACACUGUUCAAGGAGACCUCAAAAUACAGUCUUCUGGUCGAGUUCUGCAAAUUGCCAAAACCCUGUUGGAAGAUGCUGGCAGAUACACAUGUGUGGCUACCAAUGCGGCUGGAGAAACACAACAGCACAUUCAACUGCAUGUCCAUGAACCACCCCGUCUGGAGGAUGCAGGGAAGAUGCUGAAUGAGACUGUGGUGGUGAACAACCCCAUACAGCUAGAGUGUAAGGCAGCUGGAAAUCCUUUGCCUGCUAUUACAUGGUACAAAGAUAAUCGUCCACUCUCAGGUUCCACCAGUGUGUCUUUCUUGAACAGAGGACAGAUCAUUGAUAUUGAAAGUGCCCAGAUCUCAGAUGCUGGCAUAUAUAAAUGUGUGGCCAUCAACUCAGCUGGAGCUACAGAGUUAUUUUUCAGUCUGCAGGUCUAUGUGCCCCCAUCGAUUUCUGGCAGCAAUAACAUGGUGGCAGUGGUGGUUAAUAAUCUGGUGAGAUUAGAAUGUGAAGCCAGAGGUAUCCCUGCCCCAAGUCUGACCUGGUUAAAAGAUGGGAGCCCAGUGUCUAGUUUCGCUAAUGGAAUUCAGGUUCUCUCUGGCGGCCGCAUCCUAGCAUUGACCAGUGCCCAAAUCAGUGAUACAGGGAGAUACACCUGUGUGGCAGUGAAUGCUGCUGGGGAAAAACAAAGGGACAUUGACCUCAGAGUGUAUGUUCCACCAAACAUUAUGGGAGAAGAACAGAACAUCUCUGUCCUCAUUAGCCAGACUGUGGUGUUGCUAUGUCAGAGUGAUGCUAUUCCCCCACCUACUCUGACUUGGUUAAAAGACAGCCGCCCCUUGCUGAAGAAAUCAGGCCUCAGUAUCUCUGAAAAUGGAAGUGUGUUGAAGAUUGAAGAUGCUCAGGUACAAGAUACUGGUCGUUACACUUGUGAGGCAACAAAUGUCGCUGGAAAAACUGAGAAGAACUAUAAUGUCAACAUCUGGGUACCACCAAAUAUUUAUGGUUCUGAUGAACUUGCUCAAUUUACAGUUAUUGAAGGGAACCUCAUUAGUCUGUUGUGUGAAUCUAGUGGCAUUCCACCCCCAAAUCUCAUUUGGAAGAAGAAAGGUUCUCCAGUCUUGGCUGACUCUGUGGGGAGGGUCAGAAUUUUGUCUGGAGGCAGGCAGUUGCAGAUUUCAAUUGCUGAGAAAUCUGAUUCUGGACUCUAUACAUGUAUAGCAUCAAAUGUUGCUGGAACCACAAAAAAAGACUAUAAUCUGCAGGUUUACACCCCUCCAAGCAUCAUAGGGAACCAUGGGACGCCUGAAAAUAUCAGUGUGAUAGAAAAAAACUCAGUGUCCCUAACUUGUGAAGCUUCAGGAAUUCCCCUACCUUCAAUAACCUGGCUUAAAGAUGGAUGGCCCAUCAGCCUUAGCAGUUCUUUGAGAAUUCUCUCAGGAGGUAGGACUCUACGAUUGAUGCAGAGCAGAACAGAAGAUGCUGGCCAAUAUACCUGUGUUGUAAGGAAUGCAGCUGGUGAAGAAAGAAAAAUCUUUGGACUUUCAGUAUUUGUACCACCUCACAUUGUGGGUGCUAAUACAUUGGAAGAUGUGAAAGUAAAGGAGAAACAGAACACUACAUUGACUUGUGAAGUGACAGGGAAUCCAGUCCCAGAAAUAACAUGGCACAAAGAUGGACAGCUCCUCCAGGAAGAUGAGAGCCACCACAUUAUGUCUGGUGGCCGUUUUCUUCAAAUCACCAAUGCUCAAGUAUUACACACUGGGAGAUAUACAUGUUUGGCUUCUAACACAGCUGGUGACAAGAGCAAAAGUUUUAGUCUUAAUGUAUUCGUAUCUCCUACAAUUGCUGGUGUCAAUAAUGAUGGCAGCCCUGAAGAUGUCACUGUUAUUCUUAACAACCCCACAUCUUUGGUCUGUGAAGCUUAUUCAUAUCCUCCAGCUACUAUCACCUGGUUUAAAGAUGGAGCUCCUUUAGAGUCCAACCGAAAUAUUAGGAUUCUUCCAGGAGGCAGGACUUUGCAGAUCCUAAAUGCACAGGAGGACAAUGCUGGAAGAUAUUCUUGUGUAGCUACUAAUGAGGCUGGGGAAAUGAUAAAGCACUAUGAAGUGAAGGUCUACAUUCCACCUAUAAUCAAUAAAGACGACCUCUUGGGGCUAGGUCUUUCUCCUAAAGAAGUGAAAAUCAAAGUAAACAACACCUUGACUCUGGAAUGUGAAGCUUAUGCAAUUCCUUCUGCCUCCCUCAGCUGGUACAAGGAUGGACAGCCCCUUAAAUCAGACGAUCAUGUUAACAUUGCUGCAAAUGGACACACACUUCAAAUAAAGGAAGCUCAAAUAUCAGACACUGGCCGAUAUACUUGUGUAGCAUCUAACAUUGCAGGUGAAGAUGAACUGGAUUUUGAUGUAAAUAUACAAGUUCCUCCAAGUUUUCAAAAACUCUGGGAAAUAGGAAACAUGCUUGAUACAGGCAGGACUGGUGAAGCCAAGGACGUGAUCAUCAACAAUCCCAUUUCUCUUUACUGUGAGACAAAUGCCUCUCCUCCUCCUACACUGACAUGGUACAAAGAUGGACAUCCUCUGACCUCGAGUGACAGAGUGUUGAUUUUACCAGGAGGACGAGUGUUGCAGAUUCCUCGGGCUAAAGUUGAAGAUGCUGGAAGAUAUACAUGUGUGGCUGUGAAUGAAGCUGGAGAAGAUUCCCUUCAGUAUGACGUCCGUGUACUCUUGCCACCAGUUAUCAAAGGAGCAAAUAGUGAUCUCCCUGAAGAGGUCACCGUGCUGGUGAACAAGAGUAUACUGAUGGAGUGUUUAUCCAGUGGCACCCCUGCUCCGAGGAAUUCCUGGCUAAAAGAUGGACAGCCUUUGCUAGAAGACGGCCAUCACAAAUUUUUAUCUAAUGGAAGAAUUCUGCAGAUUCUAAAUACUCAAAUAACAGAUAUUGGCAGGUACGUGUGUGUCGCGGAGAACACAGCUGGAAGUGCCAAAAAAUAUUUUAAUCUCAAUGUUCAUGUGCCUCCAAGUGUUAUUGGUCCUAACCCUGAAAAUGUGACUGUUGUGGUGAAUAAUUUCAUUUCUUUGACCUGUGAAGUCUCUGGUUUUCCACCUCCUGAUCUCAGCUGGCUCAAGAAUGAACAACCCAUCAACCCAAACACAAAUGCUCUCAUUGUGCCUGGUGGUCGAACUUUACAGAUUAUUCGGGCCAAGGUAUCUGAUGGUGGUGAAUAUACUUGUAUAGCUAUCAACCAAGCUGGUGAAAGCAAGAAAAAAGUUUCCCUGACUGUUUAUGUACCCCCAAGCAUUAAAGAUCAUGGCAGUGAAUCUCUUUCUGUGAUUAAUGUAAGAGAAGGAACUUCGGUGUCAUUGGAGUGUGAGUCAAAUGCUAUUCCACCUCCAGUCAUCACCUGGUAUAAGAAUGGGCGGAUGAUAACAGAGUCUACUCACUUGGAGAUUUGGGUAGAUGGACAAAUGCUGCACAUCAAGAAAGCUGAGGUGUCUGACACAGGCCAGUAUGUAUGUAGAGCUAUAAAUAUAGCAGGACGAGAUGAUAAAAAUUUCCACCUCAAUGUAUAUGUUCCACCCAGUAUCGAAGGGCCAGAAGAAGAAGUAAUUGUUGAAACGAUCAGCAAUCCUGUGACUUUAACAUGUGAUGCCACUGGGAUCCCUCCUCCCACAAUAGUAUGGUUAAAAAACCACAAACCAAUAGAAAAUUCUGGCUCACUUGAAGUUCAUAUUUUGUCUGGAGGUGGCAAACUCCAAAUUGCCCGGUCUCAGUUUUCAGACAGUGGAAACUAUACAUGCAUUGCAUCAAAUAUGGAGGGAAAGGCACAGAAAAAUUACAUUCUUUCAAUUCAAGUUCCUCCCAGUGUUGCAGGUGCUGAAAUGCCAGGUGAAGUCAGUGUCCUCCUAGGGGAAAAUGUUGAACUGGUCUGCAAUGCAAAUGGGAUACCUACUCCAAUUAUUCAGUGGCUGAGAGAUGGAAAGCCCAUAACCAGUGGUGAAACAAAAAGAAUGCGGGUGACUCCAGAUGGCAGCACAUUAAACAUUUACGGUGCUCUCAAAACUGACAUGGGGAAAUACACAUGUGUCGCUACUAAUCCUGCUGGAGAAGACGACCGAAUUUUUAAUUUGAAUGUCUAUGUUCCACCUGUAAUCAGGGGUAAUAAAGAAGAAGCAGAGAAACUAAGGACUGUGUUGGAUACUUCAAUAAAUAUUGAAUGCAGAGCCACAGGGACACCUCCACCACAGAUAAACUGGCUAAAGAAUGGACUUCCUCUACCUCUUUCCUCCCAUAUCCGGUUACUGUCAGGAGGGCAGGUUAUCAGGAUUGUGAGAGCUCAGGUUUCUGAUGUUGGAAUGUACACCUGUGUGGCCUCCAACAGAGCUGGGGUGGAUAAUAAGCAUUAUAGGCUUCAAGUUUUUGUACCACCAAAUAUGGAUAAUGCAAUGGGAACAGAAGAAAUCACAAUUGUGAAAGGCAGUCCCACCUCAAUGACAUGCUUUACAGAUGGGACUCCCACUCCCAGUAUGUCCUGGCUGAGAGAUGGCCAGCCUCUGGAGCUUGACUCCCAUCUGACAAUAAACACUCAAGGAAUGGUCCUUCAGCUCAUCAAAGCAGAGAUUGAAGACUCAGGAAAGUAUACCUGCAUUGCUGCAAAUGAGGCUGGAGAAGUCAGCAAACACUUUAUCUUGAAGGUCCUAGAGCUACCUCAUAUUAAUGGAUCUGAAGAGCCUGAAGAAAUAUCAGUGAUUGUUAAUAAUCCACUUGAACUUACCUGCAUUUCUUCUGGAAUCCCAACUCCUAAAAUUAUGUGGAUGAAAGAUGGACGGCCCCUUCCACAAAUGGAUCAGGUGCAAACUCUAGGAAGAGGAGAGGCUCUUCAAAUAUCCAGUGCUCAGGUGGAGGAUACAGGAAGAUAUACCUGCUUGGCCUCCAAUCCCGCAGGAGACGAUGAUAAAGAAUAUUUAGUGAGAGUGCACGUACCCCCUAAUAUUGCUGGACCUGAUGAGCCCCAGGAUUUCACUGUAUUACAGAACAGACAAGUCACAUUGGAAUGCAAAUCAGAUGCAGUGCCCCCACCUGUAAUCACUUGGCUCAAAAAUGGGGAAUGGUUACAGGCAACACCUCGUGUGCGAAUCCUAUCUGGAGGGAGAUACCUUCAAAUUAAUAAUGCAGAUCUAAGUGAUACAGCCAAUUAUACCUGUGUUGCCAGCAACAUUGCAGGAGAGACUACAAGAGAAUUUAUUCUCACUGUAAAUGUUCCUCCAAACAUAAAGGGUGGCCCCCAGAAUCUUGUCAUCCACUUGAAUAAAUCAAUUACAUUGGAAUGCCUCGCUGAAGGUGUGCCAGCCCCAAGGAUAACGUGGAGAAAGGAUGGAGUUAUUCUAGCUGGGAAUCUUGCAAGAUAUACCAUCUUGGAAAAUGGAUUCCUUCUUAUCCAGUCAGCACAUGUCACUGAUGCUGGACGGUAUUUGUGUAUGGCUACCAAUGCUGCAGGAACAGACCGCAGGCGAAUAGAUUUACAGGUCCAUGUUCCUCCAUCUAUUGCUCCGGGUCCUACCAACAUAACUGUAACAGUAAAUGUUCAAACUACUCUGGCUUGUGAGGCUGCUGGAAUACCAAAGCCAUCAGUCAUUUGGAGGAAGAAUGGCCAUCUUCUUAGUGUAGAUCAAAAUCAGAAUUCAUACAGACUUCUUUCUUCAGGUUCACUAAUAAUUAUUUCCCCUUCUGUGGAUGACACUGCAACCUAUGAGUGCACUGUGACAAAUGAUGCCGGAGAGGAUAAGAAAACCAUGGAUCUCACUGUACAAGUUCCACCUUCCAUAGCUGAUGAGCUUACAGACUUCCUAGUAACCAAGCACACCCCAACAGUAAUUAGCUGCACUGCUUCAGGGGUUCCAUUUCCCUCAAUUCAUUGGACCAGAAAUGGUAUAAAACUGCUUCCCAGGGGAGACGGCUAUAGAAUUCUGCCCUCAGGAACAAUUGAAAUAUUUGCCACCCAAUUGGACCAUGCUGGAAAGUACACUUGUAUUGCCAGGAAUGCAGCUGGUUCUGCACAUAGACAUGUGACUCUUCACGUCCAAGAACCUCCAGUCAUUCAGCCUCAGCCAACUGAACUUGAUGUCAUUCUAAACAAUCCCAUUUUAUUACCAUGUGAAGCAACAGGGACACCCAGUCCUUUCAUUACUUGGCAAAAAGAAGGCAUCAAUGUUAUUACUUCAGGCAAAAACCACGCAGUUCUUCCAAAUGGCGGCUUGCAGAUCUCAAGAGCGAUCAGAGAGGAUGCUGGCACUUACAUGUGUGUGGCUCAGAACCCAGCUGGUACAGCCUUGGGCAAAAUUAAGUUAAAUGUCCAAGUUCCUCCAGUCAUUAGCCCCCAUCCAAAGGAAUAUGUCACUGCUGUGGAUAAGCCCAUCACACUGCCGUGUGAAGUAGAUGGUCUCCCACCACCUGACAUUACUUGGCAUAAAGAUGGGCGUGCCGUUUUGGAAUCAAUCCGCCAGCGCAUCCUCAGCUCUGGAGCUCUGCAAAUAGCAUUCGCUCAGCCUGAUGAUGCAGGCCAGUACACGUGCAUGGCAGCUAAUGUGGCAGGAUCAAGCAGCACCAGCACCAAACUCACUGUCCACGUAGCACCAAGAAUCCGUAGUACAGAAGUACACUACACAGUCAACGAGAAUUCACAAGCUGUUCUUCCGUGUGUGGCUGAUGGAAUCCCCACACCAACCAUUAACUGGAAAAAAGACAAUGUUCUCUUAGCUGACUUGUUAGGAAAAUACACUGCUGAACCAUAUGGAGAACUCGUUUUGGAAAAUGUUGUGGCAGAGGAUUCUGGCAUCUAUACCUGUGUUGCUAACAAUGCUGCAGGAGAAGACACACAUACUGUCAGCCUGACUGUACAUGUUCUCCCCACUUUCACUGAACUUCCCGGAGAUGUGUCAUUAAACAAAGGAGAACAGCUACGAUUAAGCUGUAAAGCAACUGGUGUUCCAUUGCCCAAGUUAACAUGGACUUUCAAUAACAACAUUAUUCCAGCCCACUUUGACAGUGUCAGUGGACACAGUGAACUUAUUAUUGAAAGAGUGUCGAAAGAGGAUUCCGGUACUUACGUGUGCACUGCAGAGAACAGCGUUGGUUUUGUGAAGGCAAUUGGAUUUGUUUAUGUAAAAGAACCUCCAGUCUUCAAAGGUGAUUAUCCUUCAAACUGGAUUGAGCCACUUGGUGGCAAUGCAAUCCUGAAUUGUGAGGUAAAAGGAGACCCAGCCCCAACCAUCCAGUGGAGCAGAAAAGGGAUGGAAAUUGAAAUUAGCCACAGAAUUCGGCAACUCGGCAAUGGCUCUCUGGCCAUCUAUGGCACUGUAAAUGAUGAUGCUGGUGACUAUACAUGUGUGGCUGCCAAUGAAGCUGGGGUUGUGGAGCGCAGUAUGAGUCUGACUCUGCAAAGUCCUCCUGUUAUCACACUUGAGCCAAUAGAAAGUGUUACCAGUGCUGGUGGCAAAGUCAUAUUGAAUUGUCAGGCAACUGGGGAGCCUCGUCCAACCAUAUUGUGGUCCCGUCAAGGGCGUCCCAUUCCCUGGGAUGACCGACUUAGGGUGUUGUCCAACAACUCCUUAUAUAUUGCUGCUGCUCAGAAAGAAGAUACCUCUGAAUAUGAAUGUGUUGCUCGAAAUAUCAUGGGUUCUGUCCUUGUCAGGGUGCCUGUCAUAGUCCAGGUUCAUGGUGGAUUUUCCCAGUGGUCUGCAUGGAGGUCCUGUAGCGUCACCUGUGGAAAAGGUAUCCAGAAGAGGAGCCGUCUGUGCAACAACCCCCUCCCAGCCAAUGGUGGGAAGUCUUGCCAGGGUUCAGAUUCAGAAAUGCGAAACUGUCAAAAUAAACCAUGCCCAGUGGAUGGUAAGUGGUCAGAAUGGAGUUCUUGGGAAGAAUGCACAAGGAGCUGUGGCCGUGGCAACCAAACCAGGACCAGAACUUGCAAUACUCCAUUGGCUCAACAUGGUGGGCGGCCAUGUGAAGGGAAUGCUGUGGAAAUAAUCAUGUGCAACAUUAGGCCUUGCCCAGUUCACGGAGCAUGGAGCUCUUGGCAUCCGUGGGCUGCAUGCAGUGAAAGCUGUGGGAAAGGUACCAAGACAAGAAUGAGGCUGUGCACUAAUCCACCACCAUCAUUUGAUGGAUCCUACUGCAAUGGAGCAGACACACAGAUGCAAGUUUGCAAUGAAAGACAUUGUCCAGUUGAUGGCAAGUGGACAGCAUGGGCCAGCUGGAGUGCCUGCACUGUGUCCUGUGGAGGAGGUGCCAGACAGAGAACAAGGGAUUGCUCUGACCCUGCCCCCCAGUAUGGAGGAAGCAAAUGUGAAGGCAGUGAUGUCCAGAGUGACUUUUGCAAUAGUGACCCUUGUCCAACUCAUGGUAACUGGAGUCCUUGGAGUGGCUGGGGAACGUGCAGCCGGACAUGUAAUGGAGGGCAAAUGCGGAGGUACCGCACGUGUGACAACCCUCAUCCCUCCAAUGGAGGAAGAGCUUGUGGGGGGCCAGACUCCCAGAUCCAGAGAUGUAACACUGACAUGUGUCCUGUGGAUGGAAGUUGGGGAAACUGGCAUAGUUGGAGCCAGUGCUCUACCUCUUGUGGAGGAGGUGAAAAGACUCGGAAACGGCUAUGCAGCAAUCCAGUGCCAUCUAAAAGUGGCCGCCCCUGUGCAGGAGAUGCUACUCAGGUAUCCAGAUGCAAUAUACAAGCAUGUCCAGGUGGGCCACAACGAGCCAGAGGAAGUGUUAAUGGAAAUAUUAAUGAUGUUGAAUUUGGAAUUGCUUUCCUUAAUGCCACAGUAACAGAUAGCCCUAACUCUGAUACUAAAAUAAUACAUGCUGAAAUUACCAAUGUGCCUCGCAGUCUUGGUCCAGCAAUGAGAAAAAUAGUUUCCAUUUUAAAUCCCAUAUAUUGGACGACAGCAAAGGAAAUAGGAGAAGCAGUCAAUGGCUUUACCCUUACAAAUGCAGUCUUCAAGAGAGAAACCCAAGUAGAAUUUGCAACUGGAGAAAUAUUGCGGAUGACUCAUGUUGCCAGGGGCUUAGAUUCUGAUGGUGCUUUGCUGUUAGAUAUCCUUGUGAGUGGCUAUGUUCUGCAGCUUCAGUCACCUGCUGAUGUCACUGUAAAGGACUACACAGAGGACUACAUUCAAACAGGUCCUGGGCAACUGUAUGCCUACUCAACCCGUCUGUUCAGCAUUGAUGGCAUAAGUGUCCCAUACACAUGGAACCAUACCAUUUCCUACGACCAGGCACGUGGAAGAAUGCCUUUCUUGGUAGAAACACUUCAUGCAUCCUCUGUGGAAUCUGACUACAACCAGUUAGAAGAGACUUUGGGUUUUAAAAUCCAUGCUUCAAUUUCCAAAGGAGAUCGAAGUAAUCAGUGCCCCUCCGGGUUUUCCUUAGACUCAGUUGGACCUUUUUGUGCUGAUGUAGAUGAAUGUGAAGAGCGGAAUCCCUGUUCCCAUACUUGCCAUAAUGCCAUGGGAACGUAUUAUUGCUCCUGCCCAAAAGGCCUCACCAUAGCUGUGGAUGGAAGAACUUGUCAAGAUAUUGAUGAGUGUGCUCUGGGAGGACACACCUGCCAUGUGGGACAAGACUGUGACAAUACCAUUGGAUCCUAUCGCUGUGUCGUCCGUUGUGGAAUUGGCUUUCGAAGAACUUCUGAUGGGCUGAGCUGUCAAGAUAUUAAUGAAUGUCAGGAAUCCAGCCCCUGUCGUCAGCGCUGUUCCAAUACCAUAGGAAGUUUCCACUGUGGGUGUGAACCUGGGUAUCAACUCAAAGGCAGAAAAUGUGUGGAUGUGAACGAGUGUAGGCAGAAUGUAUGCAGACCAGAUCAGCAUUGCCAGAACAGCCGGGGUGGCUAUAGGUGCAUUGAUCUUUGUCCAAAUGGGAUGACCAAGGCCGAAAAUGGAACCUGCAUCGAUAUUGAUGAAUGUAAAGAUGGGACUCAUCAGUGCAGAUAUAACCAGAUAUGUGAAAAUACAAGAGGCAGCUAUCGUUGUGUGUGUCCAAGAGGUUAUCGAUCUCAAGGUGUUGGAAGACCCUGUAUGGACAUUAAUGAGUGUGAACAAGUGCCUAAACCUUGUGCACAUCAGUGCUCCAACACCCCCGGCAGCUUCAAGUGUAUCUGUCCCCCAGGACAACAUUUAUUAGGGGACGGGAAAUCUUGCGCUGGAUUGGAGAGGCUGCCCAAUUAUGGCACUCAGUACAGUAGCUAUAACCCUGCACGGUUCUCCCCUGUGAGAAACAACUAUCAACCUCAACAGCAUUACAGACAGUACUCACAUCUCUACAGCUCCUACUCAGAGUAUAGAAACAGCAGGACAUCUCUCUCCAGGACUAGAAGGACUAUUAGGAAAACUUGUCCUGAAGGCUCUGAGGCAAGCCAUGACACAUGUGUAGAUAUUGAUGAAUGUGAAAAUAGAGACACUUGCCAGCAUGAGUGUAAAAAUACCUUUGGAAGUUAUCAGUGUAUCUGCCCGCCUGGUUAUCAACUCAUGUUAAAUGGAAAAACAUGUCAAGAUGUUGAUGAGUGCCUGGAGCAGAAUGUGCACUGUGGACCAAAUCGCAUGUGCUUCAACAUGAGAGGAAGCUACCAAUGCAUCGACACACCCUGUCCACCCAAUUUCCAACGGGAUCCUGUUUCAGGGUUCUGCCUCAAGAACUGUCUACCCAAUGAUUUGGAAUGUGCGUUAAGCCCAUAUGCCUUGGAAUACAAACUUGUCUCCCUCCCAUUUGGAAUAGCUGCCAAUCAAGAUUUAAUCCGGCUGGUUGCCUACACGCAGGAUGGAGUGAUGCAUCCCAGGACAACUUUCCUCAUGGUUGAUGAAGAACAGACUGUUCCUUUCGCCUUAAGGGAUGAAAACCUGAAAGGAGUGGUGUACACAACACGACCACUACGAGAACCAGAGACCUACCGCAUGAGGGUUCGAGCCUUAUCCUACAGUGCCAAUGGGACCAUUGAAUAUCAGACCACAUUCAUAGUUUAUAUAGCUGUGUCUGCCUAUCCAUACUAAGAAGUUCUCAAAAACCUAAUCCAUGUAUUUAAACUGCAUUAAUCAUGGAAAUCAAGUGCCCUUCCAGAUUACUGUCUCCUGAAUAGUUGCAAUCUUGGCAACUUGGAAAAUGGUGCUAUGCUCUGUUCUUGUGCCUUCCUUGGUACUGCUAGGUAUUUUCAUUAACCCACCAUGGUCAUAUCUUUUAAUAAGGUCUAGAAACCUCCCUAUUAUUUUCUUUAUUUAUUACACUGGAGCAGUUACUUUCCAGAGACUGUCCUGAACAUCUCACAGGACACAUCAAUGAUAUUUUAUAACAGUAAAGUAGCUAAGAUCAUUUUCCUUGACAAAACAAAAACAACAAAGUCAAGCCAAGUAAAUUUUUUGGCAUUUGACCAUUUUUAGAUUAAUAAACCUGUUUGUUAUGUGUUUUGAUCAAAGCUUACCUAAUAACUUAUAAAGACGUUUUUUAAGGUAUUGAUAUAUUGUAAUAGGAUUUACACACAUAUUUUCAUUUUAAGGAACAAAGGAAACACC